UGCUGGUUUGAGGCCGUGGCGCCUCUCUUCCCGCCUUCCCAGGGGAGCGCGGCGCGCCGUAGUCUUCUCCAUCCAAACUUUGAUCUCCCCAAUCCUGCCCAAGCAGCGACGCGACAGGAGGCUGCCGAGCCGAGAUGCUGCGUGGAUGAUUCAGAAACACCACCAAAAAUAGUGCAAAGGCCCCGAGUUGGGGCUUGCUUUAUGCUGCACCCUUCGCCCUAAAAGCAGCCGAUGCCGCGGCGGCGGGCGGGCGCGCCGAGCCCCGCGGGGAACGGGUCUGCCCCGUUGCGGCGGCGGCGGCGGCGGCGGACGGAGCGCGGGGGCAGCAGCGGCGGCAGCAGCGAGGAGGAGGAGGCGGCGGCCCGGGAACGGCGCCCGCGCCGGGAGGACGGCAGCCCCGGCGGCAGGAGGCACGGCAGGACCGCGGCGGCACCGGGGGCGGCGGGCAGGGCGCACGGCGCCGUCAUCUGCGAGCCUGAGCACAGCAAGGAGCGCAUCAAACUCGAGGGCUCCAAGUGCCGGGGGCAGCUCCUCAUCUUUGGAGCCACCAACUGGGACCUGAUCGGCCGCAAAGAAGUGCCUAAGCAGCAAGUUGCAUAUCGGAACCUGGGCCAGAACCUGUGGGGGCCGCACCGGUAUGGGUGUCUCUCAGGGAUUCAGGUGCGGAGCGUGGUUUCGGGCCCCUGCGCUGCUCACAGCCUGCUCAUCACCGCCGAGGGCAAGCUCUGGAGCUGGGGUCGCAAUGAAAAAGGACAAUUGGGCCACGGGGACACAAAGCGGGUGGAAGCCCCGAAGCUCAUCGAGGUGCUGGGGAGUGAAGCCAUUGUGCUGGCAGCCUGCGGCCGGAACCACACCCUGGCACUGACAGAAAGUGGCUCGGUGUUUGCUUUUGGGGAGAAUAAAAUGGGGCAGCUGGGGCUGGGGAACCAGACGGAUGCUGUGCCCAGCCCUGCACAGAUCAUGUACAACGGGCAGCCCAUCACCAAACUGGCCUGCGGGGCUGAAUUCAGCAUGAUCGUGGAUUGCAAAGGAAACCUCUACUCCUUUGGGUGCCCCGAGUACGGGCAGCUGGGGCAUAAUUCGGAUGGAAAAUUCAUCGCCCGGGCACAGCGGAUAGAGUACGACUGCGAGCUGGUGCCGCGCCGUGUGGCCAUCUUCAUCGAGAAGACCAAAGAUGGGCAGAUCCUGCCUGUCCCCAACGUGGUGGUGCGGGACGUGGCCUGCGGGGCCAACCACACGCUGGUCCUGGACUCGCAGAAGCGCGUUUUCUCCUGGGGAUUUGGGGGCUACGGGCGGCUGGGCCACGCUGAGCAGAAGGACGAGAUGGUGCCUCGGUUGGUCAAGCUCUUCGACUUCCCAGGCCGCGGGGCGGCGCAGAUCUACGCUGGCUACACGUGCUCCUUUGCCGUCAGCGAGACAGGUGGCUUGUUUUUUUGGGGUGCGACCAACACCUCUCGAGAGUCCACCAUGUACCCCAAAGCCGUGCAGGACCUCUGCGGCUGGAAAAUCCGCAGCCUGGCCUGUGGGAAGAGCAGCAUCAUCGUGGCGGCAGAUGAGAGCACCAUCAGCUGGGGGCCCUCACCUACCUUUGGGGAACUGGGCUACGGGGACCACAAACCCAAAUCCUCAACGGCUGCCCAAGAGGUGAAGACCCUGGAUGGGAUCUACACAGAGCAGGUGGCCAUGGGCUACGCCCACUCGCUGGUGAUCGCCCGCGACGAGACCGACGCGGAGAAGGAGAAGCUGCGCAAGCUGCCUGAAUACAACCCCCGCACCAUCUGAGGGGUCCCCCCCCGGCGCCGGGGCCCCGAACCCCGCUUUUCCAAGCCAGCCGCGGUUCGAACUCCCUGCUCUCCCAGUUCCAAAGCCUGCGAGGGGGCUCUUAUUUCCCCCCACACACACCACGGCUUUUUUUUUUGUUUUUUGAGUUCCCGACCGUAGCAGGAUCUUUUGGCGCAUCCGGGCUUAUUUUGGGGGGAUCUUUUUUUUAAUUAUUUUUAUUUUAUUUGUAUUUUUUCAUCACUUUUGUAUUAUUUCCCCUCUUCCCGGCCACAAAUACCCCGAGCCACGGGCUUGGGGUUAUACUGGGGACCUUGAGAGCAGCUCCAAAACACCUUUUUUUCCCUACUAUCUCCAUUUUUUGGCAUUUUUUUCCCUAAUAUCCCAAUUUUUUAGCAUUUUUCCCCAGUUUCCCCUGCUUUGAGCACUAGAAUUUUGGGGGUCCCUCCCCCAGCACCCCUUUUCCCAGAGGGGUUCGGGAUAGAGCUCUCAUCCCGCAUCCCCCAAGGGCCAAACCCAGCCCUCGGCAUCAUUUUGGGGCUCCCUUCCCCGCUGUCGCAGCCCUCGCCCACCCCAGGGAGAUCUCAGGGAUGAAGAGGGGGAGCCCUAAAGCUUUUUUUUUUUUUUUUUUUUGUUCCGAAUUCUUAAUUUGUUUUAAUUAUUAUUAAUUAUUCCUGCCUGGUAUCAAGCCCAAAGUCCCUUCUACGACGCUGUGCACUGUGCUGGAGAAACGAGGUGCCUUUCUGAGCAGAGCCCGGCUCUGCCUCCACGCAACACAAGGGUGAUUUUUAUGUUUUUAUUUUCAAUUUUGCAUUUUUUUAGGGUUUAUUUUGAAUUAGUAACAUUUUUUUUCCAAGCCCGCUUGCCCCAAGGGCUCACUCUGGGUGCUCGAGGGCGGCAAUCGUGGUGUUCACGCCCGGUUGGGGACUUUUGCAGUUAAAAAAAAGGUGGGUUUUUUUCAUUUUGAGGUAAGUUAGGGAUAAAAUACCCAGAGCAGCUGGGUGGAAAAGUCAAAUAUUCUGCUUUUUUUAGCAAUAUUGGUAUUCUGGGGGGGUUGUGGCACAAGCAGAUGUCGCAGCCCCACUGAACUAGGGUGGAAAAAUCACCAAAAAACUGCUUUUACCCCCCAAAAAAGCAUCAUUUUGGUUCAUCCUCCCCGCCAGCAACAUCUUUUUAGCCUGAUGAAGCUUCUCCCGCAUUGGUUGCCCCGUCCCGGCCGCGGGCGAGCAAGGGAGGAGGUUGGAGCAAGAAAAGAAUCCCCAACUCGGAGGAUGUGGGAACAACUCGUCCUGUAGCUGCGAGGGGCCUGGGUUAGUGCUGUCCUUGUCUUCUUCAUGGGGUUUUUUAUAUUUCUUGGAGUAAAUGUUUAAAUAAAACGACGUCAUUGUGUACGCCCCUGGCUC